CGGGCGGGGGCGCUGCGGGGAUGGAGGAGAGCGAGCGGCUGCGGAGGGAGAUCCGGAGGCUGCAGGGUCUCAUAGACAGCCACAGGAGCGCCCACGGGGACGCGCCGCGGCCGCCGAGCUGGGGCAACCCCAGGCAGCCCCCGUUCGGCAGGAGGGGGCCGUUUGCGGGCGGGUACCCCCCGCAACCCCCCCGGGAUUUCCGGCAGGGCCGCUCCUGGAGGAAGAAAUAUUCCCUCGUCAACCAGCCGCCGCCGCGCGAGGCGGGGAACGUCGGCACCUCCAGGGUUUUCGGGGGCGGCGGCGCGGAGGGCAGGGCGGCCCCGGCACCCGCGGCGGCCCCGGAGAGGCACGUGGACUUGACUAGGGACGGGAACAUUGUCGUGGGGAUCCAGGUGACGCAGAGGACCGAACUGGUUCUAGGUCCCGAAGGUCUUGGUGCUGAAGGUCUUGGUGCUGGAGGUCUUGGUCCCGAAGGUUUUGAUCCUGAAGGUCUUGGUGCUGAAGGUCUUGGUGCUGGAGGUCUUGGUCCUGGAGGUCUUGGUCCUGAAGGUUUUGAUCCUGAAGGUCUUGGUGCUGAAGGUCUUGGUGCUGAAGGUUUUGAUCCUGAAGGUUUUGAUCCUGAAGGUCUUGGUGCUGAAGGUCUUGGUGCUGAAGGUUUUGGUCCCGAAGGUCUUGGUCCCGAAGGUCUUGGUGCUGAAGGUCUUGGUCCCGAAGGUUUUGAUCCCGAAGGUCUUGGUCCCGAAGGUUUUGAUCCUGAAGGUCUUGGUCCCGAAGGUCUUGGUGCUGAAGGUCUUGGUCCCGAAGGUUUUGAUCCUGAAGGUCUUGGUCCCGAAGGUCUUGGUCCCGAAGGUUUCGGUCCCGAAGGUCUUGCGGGUUCUUACUGGGAAGUUCCCCGGCUGAAAACCGGCGGGGUUGCUCCAGGCGAGGGUAAAAACGGGCAGAAAUCCUCCGCCGCUCCCUACCCGAGCCGAAAAGGGGAGCCAAAGCCCUCCCUCUCCGUCUCCUUCAGUUCCUCCCACCGCGUUGUCAGCUCGUCCUACCCCGGCCCGCUGGAUAAACCCCGGACCGUGCGUCUGAGCGCCGAGGCGGCCGAAAGCUCCCCGGCUCCUUGCGAGAGCGCCGUGGCGCCCAAGACGGAGCCGCAGCGCUCCUGGCCUCCGCCGGGCUGCCAGCAGGCUCGGCACCUGGUGUGGUGCAAGCCGGAGCCACCGGCCCCGGGACAAUCGGGCUGCGAGCAAGGCGGGGAUGUUUUCCGAGAGCCCAAGCUCCUCGGGGGCGAGGAGGCGUCCUCCAGACCCGCUGCGGUUCUGGCGGCGGGGGCGAAGAGCAGGUUUGCGGCGCUGCACAAAGCUCCCGGCCUCCAAAGGGCCGCGGCGGCGGCCUCCGGCAAAGCCUCCAAGUUUAAGAAAACCAACUACACCUGGGUGGCGAACCCCGGGAGGUGCUGCCGGGCCGUGAAGAGGUGGGGGAGCCCUCGGGCCCCCGACGGCGCUCGGAAAACCCCCGGCGGGGCGGAGAGGGCGGCGAAGGCGUCGCCGAAAGCGGAUUUGGGGAGCAAGGCGAGGAAAUGGCCGCUGCAGCCCAAGCCGGGCGUUUCCCCCAGCAAAUACAAGUGGAAAGCCUCCGCCCUGCAGGCGUCCCCCUCCACGUCCAGGUCGGCGUUCAGGUGGCGGUGCGAGGACGAGAAGAAGCCCGCGGUUUCCGCCUUCCCCCAAGCCAGCCGGCCGCCCAGCGCCGCCGCCGCGGGUCUCGGCGGGGCGAAGCCCUUCGGCGACGCCGUUCUCUCCAGCUACAAAGUGAGGAGCCGGACGAAAAUCAUCCGGAGGAAAGGAAGCUCGGGCUCCCCGGCGGACAAGAAGAGCAGCCCCUCGCCUCCCACGCCUCUGAAGAGCCCCUUCCACGCCAAGAAGCGAAACCUGCGGGGGAAACCGGCGCUGCCCAAACGCUGCUCGCCCAAGGGCCUGCUGCAGCUCACCAAGCACAGGCUCUGCAGGCUGCCGGCCGCCAGGAGCCAGGUUUCCACCAGGGAAGGUGCCAGCUUGCUCUUCGCAAGGAGCCCCCCGGCCAACAAGGUGAUAAAGACGCGCUACAGGAUAGUGAAGAAGAACGUGGUCUUCCCCUCCUCGUCCUUCAGCAGCCCUGUCCCCAGCUGGAAGACCAGGCGUCUCGGGACAUCCAGGUCCCCGCUGUUAAACCAAGCGCGCCCCUCGCCGCAGGGCAGCAAGUCCCAGCCCGUGCCGCAGGGCUGGAGGAGCAAAGGCUAUCGCUGCAUCGGAGGGGUGAUGUACCGCGUGUCGGCCAACAAGCUCUCCAAGACGUCCAGCACCCCCGGCCGGGGCAGGGACCUGAGCACCAAGAGCCCCGGCAGAGCAGCGAGGUUGAGCGGCACGCCUGGCAGUACUGGCUUCUCCCCAUCUGGUAUCCUGAACCGAUCCGCUACGAGCCGCUACAUUGCCAGCCGUGCUGUUCAGCGGAGUUUGGCCAUCAUUCGUCAAGCCAAGCAGAAGAAAGAGAAGAAGAAGGAGUACUGUAUGUACUACAACCGCUUUGGCAAGUGUAAUCGAGGGGAGAACUGCCCCUACAUCCAUGAUCCAGAGAAGGUGGCCGUCUGCACCAGGUUUCUCCGUGGCACAUGCAAGAAGACGGACGGGAAUUGCCCAUUUUCCCACAAAGUUUCCAAAGACAAGAUGCCGGUGUGCUCCUACUUCCUGAAGGGGAUCUGCAGCAACAGCAACUGCCCCUACAGCCACGUCUACGUCUCCCGGAAGGCUGAAGUGUGCCAGGAUUUCCUCAAAGGCUAUUGCCCCAUGGGAGAAAAGUGCAAGAAGAAGCACACCCUGGUUUGCCCAGACUUCGCCAAGAAGGGCGUCUGCCCCCAGGGCGCACGCUGCAAGCUGCUGCACCCGCAGAAGAAGCGUCAGCCCCGAGGGGACGUCUCUGACCCCCCCUCCAAGUGCAGGCGGCUCUGCGAGGAGACGGGCAGGAAUGACCCGGCUCAGCCGUGCGAUGACGGGGAAGUGCCCGGCCCCUCCGGCGCGGAGCAGGAGGUGAAGUUUUGGAGAGAGGCAGACGCCUCGCAAAGCAGCCGGCUGCAGAAGCUGCCCUCCUUCAUCUCCCUCCUGUCGGCCUCCCCCGGGGACGAGGGCUGCAAAGUGGAGAGGGACGAGGACGAGCCAGGUGACGAGCCAGGUGGCACCAAGUGGAAAAGGACCUCGUCGUGGGCGGCCUCGCGGGACUCGGAAAACGCCGCUCAGGAGGAGGGCGGCGGCAGAGGCAAACGGCUGCAGAUCAAGCCCCGGCUGUGAGCGUUGUCCCCGCGGCAGCCGACCAGCUCAGGAAAAGCCAAGCCAGGCAGCAUCGCCUGGCGCCUACCUCAGGACCCCGUGCCGGGACGUGGCACCCCCUUCUUGCGUUGAGUUUUGGGAUGUGGUUUCGCCAGAGAGCCUGGCAGCGGCGCGGAGGAGCAGCGCCCAGUCCGUGUCGCUCAGGGAGGUGGUUUUGUUGAAGUUGUUUUGUUUUUUUUUGCCAAUAAAUUCUCUUUUAAGGUGGUUUAUUUAAGGCUCCCCGGGGAAGGCUGAAGAGCGGAGACGUUGAGCCGAGCACGCGGGCGUGCAUGGAUGCGGGACUCGAGCACCCUGCGGUCAUCCACGGCCGCGUGCCCGCCUCCAGGUCAGCGGCUCCAUUUGGGACGACGAGCCCGGUGGUCGCAAGUCAUCGUGGUGGGAUGUAGCAGGGCGUAAAGCCCCCGCCUGGCUCGGCUUUCCCAUGCCGAGAGCCCACCUGCAUCCAUCCUGCUCCGUCCCUUCUCUUUAGGAGCGCUUGGAGCGGAGCCACAUGCCAGGCUGAGCGCUAGCGGCAGCGUGUGCCAGCAGCAGCGCUGAGCUCAGGCCGUCGCCGCGGGCCAAUUCCCCCGCAGCACGCCCGGCUCUCCCCGUCCCAGCGGGGUUUUGCUCUUUUGGAAGACCCAAACCAGCUCCUUCGGGGUCUUCGGGAAUCCGGACGGGAGCAAAGCAGCCUCCAGGCUGGUAGGAAAUAACCCCGGUACUGCAGCUGCUCCGCGUGUCGUGGGCACAUCCUAAAUGUUCAGCUGUUGUCCCUGCUGCGGUAUGGAUCUAAUAUCUCACGGCAGCAGCCUCGGUGCCCUUUUUGCAUCACCCUAAAGCAGCUCUCACCCACUGUGUCUCUGUUCCUCCCGGCCCUUGAUGCUCCUCUGCACCAGCCACGAUCGGUGUGAUGAGCUGUGCAAGUCUCAGCUCCUCCUGGCCGCUUGCUGCUGGCCCUGCAGAGCUGCCAGUGCUGUGGGUGUUCUGCAUCCGUGGAUUCAAUUUCAACCCCAAAUUCAGUUUGGUUUCGGGGUGGCGGAUGCUGCUCCCCCUCUCGGACGCGAUUUUGAGGACGGGGAGGCAGGAUUUGCCCAUCCACUGUCCCUAAAUAGCAGCCCCUUGGGGCAAACUCGAUCUAGGAGCCCUUCGGGGAAGAGGCGGCGGUGUUGCACAAGGCAGGGCCGUGCGCCCCGUGGGGACAGUUUCCUGGCUCUGCCUGCACGUGCCAACAUUUGUGCUGCAAACCCGUCUUGCUCGCUCCCGACGUCCGCAGCACCCUUCACCCUGCUGCUGGCAGAGCUCGGCCGCUUUCGCUACACCCAUGAGCCCCUCCUCGGCAUUUGCAACCCGGAGCCCGCUUCAGCAGGCAGAGGGGUGAGCGCUGAGGCCGAGCGGGGAUGCUCGGUGUCCCCGGGGAGCAGGCACCCAGGUGUGCUUGGCCGUGGGGUGGGUGACGAAGCCACGGCGCCGCAGCGGGCUCAGCUGCAGCCGUGGCUCCGGCAAGGCUGGCGGCUGCGUUUUCGCCCCCUCCACGGCCCCGAGGGGGGUGGAUUCACAUCCCUGGGCGAGCUGGGUGCGUGCACCCCACGGACCGGGGGUUGUUGUCACCCCAUCCACAGCCUGCCUGGUUCCUUGUGGGGUCACGGGAUUUAUGGCAGGCAGAGCACACCCCCCCCCCCCCCCCCCCCCCGGGUCGUGUUUCGCCCCAAGUGCCUGGCGCAUGGCUCGGGUGACGCGGGGCAUGGCAGGCCACCAAGGGCCCUAUUAAUUAAUGCCUGUCACCUCCCUGGGCUCCUCCUUGUGGGCAACCAGGGGGUUUAAUGCCACGUGGAGGCGAGCUGGGGGUGGCCGUGUCCCCAGCGUCCCCCCGGUGUCCCCCCCGGUGCGGCGGGCAGCGCACAGCGUGUGUACAGAGCUCUCCUCGCCCCGAGCUGUUUUUAAUAAAGAUGUCAUCGUCCC